AUUUAUAACAGCAGGUAAAGGUGUGGCCAAUUGUAUUUUGCAGCAGUUACCUGAGAGCAACGAGAUUAAAGGACGCUGCUGGCGGCGUCCAAUUUAAUCUACAUUAAAGAAAACACAAUGGUGGAGCAAACCAGACGCCCAAAUCGUGCCGUGACCCUCCAGGCUGGACCUGGAGAGGUGGUGGACGUUAAUCUCAGGAUCCAUGACAGGGCUGCGAGGGUUAUUGGUCGGCAGUUGGCUGUAAUCGGAGACCAUCUGGACCAGGAUUUUGCCAGGAGAGAUCCAAACUGGCCGCCAACUCCUCUAAACCUGCUGAGACCUGCCCGGACUCUGGCACGGAUCAUCUACAGGGAUCUGCACAGUCAGUUAUGGGGUUUUCAGGGUCUGUUGGCUCCUGUAAAGGCCUGGAUUGUCAGCACUACACCUGGGCAGGGGAACCUCAGAGCAGAGACAAUCACAGCCUGGGUAUCCAGUUUCAAAGCGUUGACCUGCCCUGGCUGGACCAGAGGAGCACUCAUGGUGGCACUGGUGACUGCAGCAAGCAUUUUUGGUGCACUGUGGAUGGAAGAGAAAGCCUAAAUCUGUUUGCAGAGGAGUUAAAAUUAAUGCUGAUUUUUGUUUGUGCUGUUUACUUUGACCUUUCUAUUUAUACUAUUUCUAUGAGCUGUGUUGAUGUUGACUGCAAACACCUUUAGAAAUGAAAAAAAUCACAAACUUAAGGAAGCUUUAGAUUGGUUUUCAUUUAUUUUUCAAAGCAUUUUCUACAAAGCUUGCCAGAACAUUGUAGCACUGGAAGGCUGUUUUGCAGUUGCACUGAUGUCAAAAAGAAUGUUUCUUAUGAUUGGACUGUUGCUGGCCUGCAGUCUUUUGCAGUUUCUGAUUGGUUUAAGAGGCCAAUAUUUUUACAAAUUAUGUAGCUUCGCUUGUGAUGAAAAGACGGGAGCUGGACUUUCUGUUGCAGAUUUUAAAAAGCCCUUUUUCAUGUCUUACAAAUAAACUUUAAGAUGAGAAAAGA